AUACUAGAAUAAAAUGUCAUUGAUGUUCCUACUGUAUUUUAUUGGAUAUAGGUGAGAAGACAAAUUAUCUAGGGAUGCAAUUGUAUAUUAUCACUCAAAGUCGGUUACCAGGGAUUCAGGGCUUUGUAAGUAUAUGUGACGAGGAAUUUCAUGAGAUGAACAACCGGCAAUACACAAGAGAUUGAGCUCUUGUAUAACAUGACAAGGUCCAAGCUCCCAAUGGCAGAACACUUUGUGCAGAAAGCAGCUAGUCAUAUGCUAGGCCCACUUAAUUGAUUCUGACUUGUUAAGAGGUCGAGCAUUGAAAUGGCUGUCAGCUAGCAAUAGAGAGCAAACCAUAGGAUGAUAUGUGAUGUUCUUGUCAAAGAUUAUCCUUAAUAGGUUCCCAGGACAAGCACCCUGAAAAAUUACAGAUGCCAAUGAGGCAAUUGAGCAGAAAAGUUCCCCUAUCAGGGAAGUGGGAACCAAAAAAAUAUACCUUGCUUUUCAAUAUCUGUGCUUUUUUACAAGUUAAUUUAUCCUGAAGGCCUUUGCCAUCCUUCAGAAUCUGGAUGUUGAUAUUCAUUACUGAUAAAUUCUGCAGGUUUUGGAAGCAAAUGCUGCACAUGUCAAGGCCCUCUAUCGCCGUGGAAUGGCCUCCCUGGAAGUUGGAGAUUUUGAGGAAGCAAGGGGUGAUUUUGAAAUGAUGAUGAAAGCCGACAAGUCAUUUGAACAUGAUGCAACAGCAGCUUUUAAAAAGCUGAAGCUGAAGCAGAAGCAGCAGGAUGUGGAGAAAAAGGCAAGGAGACAAUUUAAAGGACUAUUUGACAAGAUGCCUGGGGAAAUCGCUGAUGCUGGAACGGAUAACAGAGGGGAAGAGCAGAGUACAAAUGAAAACCACCAAGAGAAGAAUGGUUCUCUCUCCUGUGGGCAACUGGUAUAAGAUUUUUUUCAGCUCCUGGGCUUCAAAGAUGCACGAUAUUAUGACAAGGCUUUAGGGUUGGGCGUAAGCAGCAUUAUUUCUAUCGUCUGGCUGGCAAAUUCAGACUUCGAAAGGAAAAAAACAUAUUAAAGAAGGUUCAGUAUACCAUUUUCAGUGUAGCCUCACAAAGAAAAUAAAUUUUUGGGCUCCGUUUAUGACGAUAUAUAUCCAUGGAAAAACAAAACAUAUCACAGGAGGUUCAUUAUACUAUUUUCAUUGAAGCUUAAAAUGGACGUUGUUGAAUUACUACAUUUGAUCUCAAUCAUGUGACGGUACAUUUAUUUUCAACCUGCCAGUCAGAGCAAUCUGGUGCCUCGUGCUCGUGGUGGCUGUCAUUUAUAUAGAACUUGAAGAGAAUGGAAACAGAGUGCUUGGACCUGAGUCCGUGCAAGGCUAGGCAGGCUUGCCAAUCUUCAAGCUUCCGAUUUUUUUUAGCUAGAAGGUCUAGAAAUCCACCCUUCAUCCUAAGGUCUUGAAAACUCCCUUGUGGGGGCAACGAGGAAAUAAAAUAAACUUCUCUGGCAUUUGCAAGUGUUAAGCCACCCGAAACUUUUUUAUUCCGAUUUUUGUCUCGUAUUGAUCCUUCACUCAACUUGUAUAAUAAAGCAG